AUGCGAUGGCCGCUGGCCGGGCUGCUGCUGGCGCUGCUGCCCGGCGGCCCCUCCGCGCCCGCUCAGCCCCUCGCAGCGGGCACCGGGCGGGGCCCGCCCCGGGAGCCCUGCGGUCGGACGGCGGCUGGGGUAUUUGAAGAUGAUCUGUGGCUUCAGAAAGAGAUGGGAUACCUAGGAAUGGCAGCAGUGCCCUUACCUGUGGUCAUUCAGGCAAGCAGAGCCCCUCCCCAGCUGCUGAGCUCUGCAGCCUCGGACAGCCAGUGGAGCCAUUCGCUGUUUGCCCUGAUCCCCUCUUGGACGAAGAAGGUGAUGUUCAAACGGGAGUCUGACCUCAGCCACCUUCCGCCUGAAGAUGUGUCCAAUAUGUCAGUGUCUUCUGAAUUUGGAGUAACCCUUCAGAAAUGUGGCAUGGUGGAUGUUGAACAUGACCCUCAAACUGCAUAUAUUACACUUGUGAUUAAUAACACCAACACAUUGCUGUCAACAAACAUCACAGAUCUUGUCCUCAUGGACAACAUCACUGGACUACAUGUUCAAAAAACCAGUGGGAAUAAGACCACAAAUGGCAUACAGAUUUACAGGAAAAGUGUCUUGCAAGGUGGAGAACACUUUGCAAUCAACUACUCUGCACUUCUUGAUGCAGAAGAAAUGUGGCAUGGCAGGGUCUUGACACUGCCUGCAAAGCUAACUUUCAGGAGUUCAUCACAGGUAAUGUUUUAUAUCUCUCAGAAUAAAACACAUCUCGUAUCAUUGACAGCAUCACUUACCAUAACAGAAGAAGAAAGGACCAAGAUUUUAUACAGCCAUGCCAUCAGUGCUUCAGCAUUCUUCAUUGCUUUUUUUGUUUCCCUUAUGUUGACAUGUGCUGUCUUUUUCAUCAUUUACCGGACCCAAAUAUUAAAAUGGAGUUUCUGUAGUAAAAACCAGGAGAUACAGCCUGAUCUAAGCCAAAAUCACAAACUGGAGCAUUCUCAGUUUAAUUCAGGUGAUCUCUUUAGUGAAGAUAUAAUUAUGAAUGACCAAAUCAUUGAUAUUCUGUCCUUUGAAGAACCUGGGAACAUGCAUCAGGCUUUAGAAGAUUUGGAGGUUGCCAGCCUGACACGGGCAGAUGCCAGCCUGGAGGCCAGUCGAACGCAGAUCUGUAAAGAAGUGAUUGCUAUGAUGUUGAAGAACAUGGUCUUAAAUCACAGCCUCUUUCCUCAUGUGGAGAAGAAAAUAAGUUCAGUUUUCAAAAAGCAGUUUCUUGCAAUGGAGGAAGAGAUUCAAGAGGAGUAUGAAAGGAAGAUGGUGGCUUUAACAGCUGAGUGUAAUCUGGAAACUAGGAAGGCAAUGGAGGCUCAAUGCCAGAAAGCACGAGCUGCAAAUGAAGAGGCUGAGGAAUUAAUGAAGAAAAUUAAUGAAAAGCCUGCUAUAGAAUACAGAAGUCUUCUGGACAAACUUCACAGGUUGCAGCAGGACUGCCUGAAGAGGUUCCUUUUCAUAAAGCAGGAGGAAUAUUUUGCAAAGGCUUAUAGAGAGCUGGCUGUUACCCAGAGAAAGGAGCUGCAUACCAUCUUUUUUACACAAAUAACAAAUGCCACUUCAAAGGGAGAACUGAAGGUGGAAGCAGCUAAAACAUUAGUGGAAGGUUACUCUAAAGUACAGGGUGACAUUGAAGAGCUAAUGGAUUUUUUGCAAGCUUGCAAGAAAUAUCAUCUGAGUAAAAGAUUUUCUUACAGAGAAUAUCUUAUAAGUAAGAUACAGUCAUGGGAUUCUCAUGUCUCUGCUCUUAUAAAAGCUGCAGCAGCCCAGAUACCGAGUCUCAUUAACAAGGCAGAAAGAGCAGGUCAUCUACCUGAAAGUCAUUUGGGAAUCCUGCUGGACCGAGCUGAGGCUGAAAUUAAUUUUGUUAAACAGAAAUUUGAUCAUGAUUUAAAACAAGAAAAGCAGAAGCUUUGCCAGAAGCUCAUUACCAAGCGAAGGCGGGAAAUGCUGCAAAAGCAGAAAGAGCAUCAGAAGGAGCAGUUGUCACUUGGAGACCCCUUCAAAACUACUGAUGAGAUCUCUCACUACCUGAGACACUGGAAAAAUCUUCUGAGUGAUCACACCAUUGAAUUUGAAGAACUUACUGAAAAGCUUGACAAUGAUGCCAGCGAGGAGCUGAAGGAGCUUCUGUUUAGCCUAGCAGAGAAAACCAUUGAGGAGCUUAAACGUGUUCAGUGUGGAGUGGUUGUGCAAGAGUUGGUGAAACUCAAUGUGCCAAAGUUGUUCCUGCUAGAGGCUAUGGAGGAGCACAAAAAAGAGAUGGUUGUUAAACAUGCACAGCUUGAAAGGGAAGAACAUGACAAGAGCAUGGCUGCUGAAGAGCUGCUUCAGCUCACCAGGCAGAGGCUAAGCCAGGAGCUGGAAACAGGCAUCUCGGAACAAAAGAAAAUAAGGAGCUGGGAGCAGUCAAUAUUCAUGCAACUUCUAAGUUUACCCCUUUCACUCUCAGAAGAGGAGUUGCUUAGAAUGAGACAAGAGUUGCACUGCUGCUUCUCUCAGGUGGACAGCAGCUUGGCUUGGCCCAAGAUAAGAGCAAGAACCUUGCUUCAGGCUUUUGAAGUGGAGCAGAGGGACACCGAGGUGCUGAAAGUUGGGCAGAAUUUAGCAAUGACCAGUGAACAGCAGCAUUCUAAAAUGGGAAAAACAGGAUCCAGGAAUAAACAUAAGUUAGAUAUUCUGAAGAAAUCUUUACAGGACAAAAUUUUAAUUUAUGAAGACUCGGUGAAAGGUGAAAAUUUGAAUAGGAUUAAGUAUGAGUUGCAGCUUGAAAAAGAGUGUCACCUGCGCAAUCUGGAAAAUAAACUUGGAGAGUAUAGUGCUUCUUUAGCCUUUCAAAAGACUGUUAAACAAUCCAAAAUGCUGGAGCUGUAUACUGCUAUCAUAAAUGUGCAAGCUUUGCUCUUUGAACAACUGAACACAUCAAAAACCCUGUCAAAACUGGAAUGUAUUCAAAUUUUAGAAGCACACAAUCCUGAGAUUGAAGAACUUGAAAAGAAGCUGGAGUAUGAGAUGUUGCAUAAGGAGUCAGUGCAGCAGCAUCUAAUGAGUAGGCAGAGGUGGAUUCUGGAUGGUUUGGGACUCUCAAAUGAAGCUGUGGACACGAAUGCAGAAAGACAUGUGACAGUUCUGUUAACUCAGGCCAUGAAUAAAUGUAGACAAUUUAUAAACCUGUACCAGCAAAGUCAUUGCACCUGGGAAGAUUUCAAUGUUAAUUCUGUCUUUCACUUCAGCUUGAGAGAUGAGCAAUGGAAUUGCAUGGUGCUUGAAGAUCUCCUGGAAAAUAUAGAAACAAAUGCGUUUUUGGCAAUUUAUAGUCAGGAGCUCCGUCUGGUGGGUUAUUUAGCUAAACUGACAAGGGUGCCAGUGGGGGUGUUGCACAGGGUCCUGAACUUGCUGCUGCCCUCCAGCUCACAAAGUGAGGUACUUUCUGUCCUUGAUUCCAUCAGUAAAUAUUCAGAUGGUGCUGUUGAAAGUGACAGUAAUGCAGAUGAGUCUGGCAGCUGUAAGAAAAGGAAGAACCAAGAGUUGUGGCAAACACUGGAGAACAAAAUAAGGCAAGAUCUGAUAAAGAGAAGUUUAGAAAAGAUCCCUUCUCUAAACAAGAGAAAAGACAGUUUGAUAAAGAAGAAGCAACUUGCUGUCUUGGAAAAAGCAGCGUUCAUUCAUCUGGGAUGUUCACCUGCACACUCUUCUGUGGAACAGCCUGAUCCACCAGUUUCUCUGAACUCUGCAGCUGCUGAAGCCAUAGAGCUGUUAGACACAGGGGAGAAGAUAAUUUUGUUCCGUGAGCCAAGUGAUCCAAAACUUGCUUCGCAUAAUUUUCCAAGGAAAAAGAAAAAGAACUUUCUUAAUUCUAAAAAGGCUGCUCGUGCAAGCGUGGACUCACAAGAGCAACUUCCAUUUAGAGUAUCAGUUAGGGAAGAGGAAGUUAUUUCAAAUUCAGUAAAACGAUGAGGUAAAAUGAUGAGGAAGAAUGAGUUGUACAGUUCAAAUAACAUGUGUGUUGUUUUAAUCUGAUUUGUCUGACAUUGGAAAUAGAUGUAAUUUUAGAAUGGCACAGUUGGUGAUGUGCAUCUUGCAUUUUUAAAUUCUUGUCAGUGCUUUGUUGCACUAGGUAAAAUAUGGGUUUUCUAUGAUGCACAUUCUGGCAGGCAGGACUCUGUGUUGUUUCACUACAUUCUGGUCAUUUUUGCACUGAUUUUACCACAGCUGUAUUUUCAUGAUUUAUACAGAAAGGUUAUUUAUUGUAUGUAGUAGGUACUGAAUUAUUAUUUUUGUAUUUAUAUUUUUGUGGUAAGCUGCAGUGUAGCAGACGACUUGAAGAGAUGUAGUAGAUGAACCAUAUGUCCUCUGUUCUCUGAUUUUAUGUUAUUCUAGUUAAUUUACUGUUUAACACUGUAUUCCUAAUAGGCUUUGCAUGUUACUUCUGCAGUCUGUGUUCUGCAAUGACAGCUGGUAGUCCAGAUCUUUAGCAUAUACUUGUGUACUGAGCCUUGCAUCCUGGAGUAGCUUCAGCCUUUGGCUGUUUCUGAACUUACUUCAGUUGAAUGCGAGUUUGGCUACUAUUCCAAAUUGUUAAAUAUUUACAACUUGUUGCAGUCUUUUCCUUGGUGAAGCAGUGUCAUCACAUUUGCUCAGUAGAAAAGUGAAAAAUGUAAAUGGGCAUGUAAUGCCUUCAGAAGCUCUUUUGAUUGCAAUGUGCCAAUUUUCACAAUUUUAGAUAUUUUUGAAGUUCUUAUUCCUGAAUUUCUCUAAAUUGAUGAGUAUAUAAUUUUAUACUUCAGAAAGAAUUAAUUUUUAAACCUGUCUAGUUGACUCGAAGAGUCCUAUAAAUAUGAAUCCAAAAGAGAGGAACAGGAAAAGCUAAUUAAAAUAACCACAUGUAAUUAUUAUUCAAGCCUGUUUUGAGGGGGUUGUAACUGUAUUUGAAUGUUGUGCUCUAAGGCCACUGUGAUCAUAUAUUUUCUAUUUUUUCAUGUACAGAUCUUCUGUGCCUUUUUAUUAAUAGGGUGCCAUAUUAUUUAAAAAUUAAAAUGUGGCAAUUAACAUGUAUCUGCAGUUGGCAUUUUUUUUCCCCACUUCUCUGCCAAGUUUAAAUAUUUGUUCCACAGAAGACAAUUAGUGUUUCCUAUCACUACUAGCAUUAGAAAAUGCAUGCAGUAUUUAGAAUGACAUUCCUAAUUAUUAUUUUAUUACAUUCUUCAAUCUUUUCAUGGAAGUAUUUGCUGUCACAGGAAGAGGAGUCUGUCAGGGUUGUGGGAGUUCAGAGCUGCUGUUUUAACUGUGUCUGGUAUUUCAUCCCCAAGGCACAAGUGGGUAAAGAGUAGGGUUUGUCCUGCCUUGGAAGUGGACCAGAGCUGUACAGGAGGAGCGUCAGGUAUUUCAGAAAGAGGCAAGAAAGCAAUUGCCCCUAAGCAAGAAAGCAGUAGGAAAACUUGAACAGCUCAUGGCUGCGAGGAGCACUCGAAAGCUGAAGUACCUUCUUGAAUGUCAGUCCCUUCAGGAUGUCUUUGCAAGCCCAGGCUCUUCACUGUUACGAUAUAAGAGGGAAAUGACAUUAACUCAUCACUGAUGGAGGCCAAUAGCUCUACUAGGUUACAAUAGUAAAAUGCAACAUCUGAAUAUUGAAUACAGUAUCAAUUUAUUAUCCUUAAUAGAUAAUCUCUGUGUCUAGCAAUAGAAAGCUGAUUUGUAACUCUCUCACACCUCAUCACAAAUUUGAAGCAGUUCAGUGACUGCAACGUUCUAGCAGGGAAAGUCACUCCCUGCUAUGAGUCACUCUCAUAUCAUGCAAUACAUAUUCAAAGAAACAUCCAGAUCUUAACAUCUCUUGUGCCUUGUGAAAGAAGUACUAACUAGGACAUAGCCCACUUCAGUGAGGAGUGGCUUACAUUCAGCUUUGAGUCACUCAGGAGGACAGAGGGCCAGCUGUUGAUUGUGCAGUUUUGUGUGUGUGCCAUAGGUAUUGCCAUCCUUAUCUCACAGCUGAAGUCUCCCAGAGAAUGUGUGUGCUGGACAAGCCAUUCAAAUUCAUCCCAUUUGGUUUCACAGUCAUCAAUACAAGAAGUAAUAGAAGGCCAACUUCUUCAGUGUUUGAAACACUGUCCAAAUCAAUUGUGUUCCCCUGGAAGUUCAUUGCUUCUCCUCUUGCCCUUGACAGUUCCUUGUGUACUCCCAUCUCCAUUGCACUGUUGUCUUCCUUCAACAUGAAGCCAUUGCACAAUGAGCGAAGGCAUUCAAAGAACAAGCAAAAGUAACUGUCCUUGGUCAAUGAUUUAAUCCAUACAGUAAAUAACAACUUACUGGCAAUGGUAAAUUUUAUUGAAGAAAUUAUUCUCCAUGCUAGACUAAUAAACUGUAGCUUUGCUAUGAUUUUUUCAACACGUGCUCCUGUAAUGUUAGCUUGCAGCUAACAGCCCUUGUGCCCAGGGUUCAGGAUUUUCAGGAGGCUUAGUUAUGCCCAGGCUCUUCAGCAUUAACAACAAGCUACCUUUCUGCUCACCUUGCUGUAUUUUUGGCUUGGGAUACCUGGAUACUGGAUUAGCAUGGAAUACAUAUUCCCCACUCUGUCAAGUUUUUAUUUAAAAGAAUGCAUUUUGAAGGUUGGUGUUUUUUUAAUAAAAAGGAUCCCACACGAUGAAAAAUAUUUCAGGAAAGAUGUACUAAAAAUGUCCUGCAGUGAUUGAGGUGAAAAUGCUUCUGUGAAACAAAUGAGUUGAGAUUUCUAAUCAUAAAUUGAUAUUAAAUUUCUUUAACCUUG